AUGGCGAGUGAGAUGCCUUCUCUUCUCCAGAGGAGAGCAGUUCUCAUUGGAGACCACUAUGAUAACUGGUCUGACAAGAUUCUAUGGCAGAUGAGAAAACUAGGAGCCUCUAAUAUAAUGGAGGUCAAAAGGACACAGGGCCUGUUUCCUGCGAUUUUUAAUCUUGCCAGCAAUGCUCACAUCAGCACCAAUGCAACCUGUGGUGAGAACGGACCCGAGAUGUUCUGCAAACUCGUGGAGCACGUGCCAGGCCGUCCAUUGCGGAAUGCACAGUGCCGGAUCUGUGAUGGCAGUAGCACAAAUCCCAAAGAACGCCAUCCGAUAUCAAAUGCCAUUGAUGGCACCAAUAACUGGUGGCAAAGUCCUAGUAUUCAAAAUGGAAGAGAAUAUCACUGGGUCACAAUCACUCUGGAUUUGAGACAGGUCUUUCGAGUAGCCUAUGUCAUUAUCAAAGCUGCUAAUGCCCCCCGACCUGGCAACUGGAUUUUAGAGCGUUCUCUUGAUGGCAUUAACUUCAGUCCUUGGCAAUAUUAUGCAGUCAGUGACACUGAGUGUUUGACCCGCUACAAUAUAACUCCACGACGAGGACCACCUACCUACAGAGCAGAUGAUGAAGUGAUUUGCACCUCUUAUUAUUCCAGACUGGUUCCACUUGAACAUGGAGAGAUUCAUACAUCUCUAAUCAAUGGUAGACCAAGUGCUGAUGAUCUUUCACCUAAGUUGUUGGAAUUUACUUCAGCACGAUACAUCCGCCUUCGCUUGCAACGCAUUCGAACCCUCAAUGCAGAUCUCAUGACUCUCAGCCACCAUGAUCCUAAAGACCUGGACCCGAUUGUCACAAGACGAUAUUACUAUUCAAUCAAAGACAUAUCUAUUGGAGGAAUGUGUAUUUGCUAUGGCCAUGCGAGUAGUUGCCCAUGGGAUGAAACUACAAAGAAACUACAGUGUCUAUGCGAACAUAACACAUGUGGCGAGAAUUGCAAUCAUUGUUGUCCUGGAUUCCAUCAGCAGCCCUGGAGACCUGGGACCCUUUCAUCUGGAAAUACAUGUGAAGAAUGUAACUGUCACAAUAAAACAAAAGAUUGCUACUAUGAUGAAAAUGUUGCUACUCAAAAGAGAAGUUUGAAUACUGCUGGAGAGUUCAGAGGAGGGGGAGUUUGCAUAAACUGCCUGCAAAACACCAUGGGAAUCAACUGUGAAAAGUGCAUUGAUGGAUAUUACAGGCCACACAAAGUAUCUCCUUAUGAGGACAAUCCUUGCCUUCCCUGUGACUGUGAUUCCCUGGGGUCCCUCAGUUCUGUCUGUAUUAAGGAUGAUCUACAUUCUAACUUACACGAAGGGAAAUGGCCAGGACAGUGUCCCUGCAAGGAAGGCUAUGCAGGAGAAAAAUGUGAUCGCUGCCAGUUUGGCUAUAAAGGUUAUCCAGUCUGUGUCCCCUGUGACUGCAAUCUGGCUGGCAGUGUGAAUGAGGAUCCGUGCUCAGAGCCAUGCCUCUGUAAGGAGAAUGUGGAGGGAAAGAAAUGUGAUCGCUGCAAGCAGGGAUUCUAUAAUCUGAAGGAAAGAAACCCACAGGGAUGCUCUGAAUGCUUCUGCUUUGGCGUCUCGAAUGUUUGCGACAGCCUUUCUUGGCCAAUCAGUCAGGUGACAAAUAUGUCCGGGUGGCUGAUCACUGACUUGGUGAGUCCAAAUAAGAUCUCAUCUCAGCAGGAUGCCCUGGGUGGGCAACAUCAGAUCAGCAUCAACCACACAGAAGUUAUGAAACAUCUGGCAUCCAAAUAUUACUGGUCAGCCCCAGGGGCCUACCUGGGAAAUAAGCUGACAGCCUUUGGCGGCUUCCUGAAGUACACAGUAUCGUAUACUAUUCCAGUGGAGAUGAUGGACAGUGACCUCAUGUUUCAUGACGAUGUCAUAAUCAAGGGAAAUGGAAUCACUUUAAGCACCCAGACUGAAGGCCUAUCUUUGCAACCUUAUGAGGAGUAUUUCAAUGUGGUCAAACUUAUUCCUGAGAACUUCAGAGAUUUUAAUACCAAAAUGGAGAUAGAUCGUGACCAGCUAAUGACAGUCCUUGCCAAUGUGACACAUCUCUUGAUCAGAGCCAACUAUAAUUCUGCAAAAACAGCUCUGUAUAGGUUGAGUUCGGUCUCCCUGGACACAGCCAGCCCUAACACUAUAGACCUGGCCCUGGCCACUGAAAUGGAGCACUGUGAAUGUCCCCAAGGCUAUGAGGGCAUCUCUUGUGAGUCCUGUCUUCCUGGCUAUUACCGAGUGGAUGGAAUACUCUUUGGAGGCAUUUGUCAACCCUGUGAAUGUCUUGGACAUGCAGCAGAGUGCGAUAUUCAUGGUGUUUGCAUUGCCUGUGAGCACAAUACCACAGGAGAUCACUGUGAGCAGUGUGCACCCGGCUUCUAUGGAAAUCCUUCCCAGGGGACUCCGGGAGACUGCCAGCCCUGUGCCUGCCCCCUUGCCACUACCUCCAAUAAUUUCAGCCCCACCUGCCAUCUUGAUAUUGAUGGAGAGGAAAUGAUCUGUGACCAGUGCGCCCUAGGAUACUCAGGAACUUGGUGUGAGAGAUGUGCAGAUGGUUACUAUGGAAAUCCAACUGUGCCCGGAGAAUCCUGCAUUCUGUGUAACUGCAGUGGCAAUGUGGACCCCUUAGAGGCUGGGCACUGUGACUCAGUCACUGGAGAAUGUCUACGGUGCCUGGGGAACACAGACGGUGCCCACUGUGAAAGAUGUGCUGAUGGAUUCUACGGGGAUGCUGUGACAGCCAAAAACUGCCGUGCCUGUAAAUGCCAUGGAAAAGGCUCCCUUUCCAACAUGUGCCAUCAUGAAACUGGACUCUGUGCCUGCAAGCCAUACGUGACAGGACAGCAGUGUGACCAGUGCUUGUACGGAUAUUACGGGCUGGACUCAGGGCUUGGUUGCCUGCCCUGUAACUGCAGCACAUCAGGGUCCACGUCAGAUGACUGCACGGAAGAAGGCCAGUGUCACUGCGUACCAGGUGUGGCUGGGAAUAUAUGUGACAGAUGUGCACGUGGCUUCUUCGCAUUUCAGGAUGGUGGCUGUACACCCUGUGACUGUGCUCACACUCAGAACACCUGUGAUCCCCAAACAGGGGAGUGUAUCUGCCCCUUGCACACCAGGGGUGUGGCCUGUGAGGAAUGUGAGGAUGGCUACUGGGGUCACGACCUGGAGCUUGGAUGCCAGGCUUGCAAUUGCAGUAGUGUGGGCUCAGCCAGUCAUCAGUGUGAUGUGUUCACUGGACUUUGCCAAUGUCAGCCUACCUUUGGGGGACCAAGCUGCAAUCAGUGCUCUGUGGGUUACAGGGACUUCCCAGAUUGUGUGGCCUGUGACUGUGACCCAAGAGGGACAUUGCCAGAUACCUGUGAUCAGGAACAGGGUCUCUGCAGCUGUGCAGAAAAAACUGGAACCUGCUCAUGCAAGGAAAACGUCAUUGGACUUCAAUGCAGUGAGUGCCGAGCUGGCACCUAUGCCCUCAGCUCUGACGAGGCCCUUGGGUGCACCCCAUGCUUCUGCUUUGGGUUCUCACAGUUGUGCUCAGAGUUGGAGGAUUACGUGAGGACACCAGUUACACUGGACUCAGCUCAACCACUUUUGCGUGUGGUUUCUCAGAGUAAUUUGAGGGGCACGAUUGAAGGGGUGUAUCUGCAGGCUCCAGACAUUCUCCUGGAUGCUGAGAUAGUCAGGCAGCACGUCCAGGCAGAGCCGUUUUACUGGCGGCUUCCAGGCCAAUUCCAGGGAGAUCAGCUCCUAGCCUAUGGCGGAAAACUGAAAUACAGCAUAGCUUUCUACUCUUCCCAUGGAGUUGGCACCUUCAAUCUUGAACCUCAAGUGCUCAUCAAAGGAGGCCGGACUAGAAAGCAAGUCAUUUAUGUGGAUUUACCUGCACCAGAGAAUGGAGUGAGACAAGAGCAUGAAAUAGGAAUGAAAGAGAAAUUUUGGAAAUACUUUAAUUCUGUGUCUGAGGAAGCAGUCACACGCUCAGACUUUAUGUCUAUUCUUAGUGACAUUGAAUAUAUACUCAUUAAAGCAUCCUAUGGACAAGGAUUACAGCAAAGCAGAAUCUCAAAUAUUUCAAUGGAGGUUGGCCAGAAAGCAGAAGCUCUGCAUGAGGCGAAGGAGUCGGCAUUCAUGAUAGAGAAAUGUAUCUGUCCACCUGGCACAGCUGGAUUAUCUUGUCAGGACUGUGCCCCUGGUUACUACAGAGGAAAGCAUUCCUAUGGUGCUGACAGAGGACCCCGCCCUCUGCUUGCCCCUUGUGUGCCUUGCAGUUGCAAUAACCACAGUGACAUAUGUGACCCUGAGACUGGAGUAUGUCUGAACUGCAGUGAUAAUACUGCUGGAGACCAUUGUGAAGUGUGUGCUCCCGGGUACUUUGGGAAGGUGACUGGCUCUCCUGGGGACUGCUCUCUCUGCACUUGUCCUCAUCGACCUCCUGCCAGUUUUAGUCCCACUUGUGUCUUGGAAGGUGCUCAUAAUUUCCACUGUGAUGCUUGUUUACCAGGCUAUGAAGGACAAUAUUGUGAAAGGUGCUCUCCAGGUUAUUAUGGGAACCCUCAAACACUAGGUGGCACCUGUCAGCAGUGUAACUGCAGCCCCAUAGGCUCUCUUCACAGAGACUGUGACCGUGAUUCUGGGCAGUGCAUCUGCAGACCGGGGGCUACUGGGCUAAGAUGCGAGGAAUGUGAACCAAGGCAUAUUCUAAUGGAAAGCGAUUGUGUGUCAUGUGAUGAUGAAUGUGUAGGCGUGCUGCUGAAUGACCUGGAUAAUAUUGGUAAUGCUAUCACUUCUGUGAACCUCACCAGCACAAUCCCAGUCUCAUAUGGAAUUUUGUCAAAUCUGGAAAAUAAAACAACAUAUCUCCAGAAAUCCUUAUUAAAAGAAAAUGCACACACAGAACUGACAACAAUUCAACUUAAAACCAUUACAGAAGAGACAAAUAAUCUUCAAGGAGAGCUUACUAAACUAUCAACAGAAAGCCAAUAUGUGACCAAGACAACUGAGAAAGUCUUCAACAAGAGUCAUGAUCUCCAGAUAUUUAUUGAGAAGCUCCAGAUACACAUACAAGAACUCAUUGAAAAGGCAGCAACUCUAAAUCAAACCUUAGAGGGAGAUUUCCAACUACCCACUUCUACUCUUCAAAAAAUGCACAAGAAUAUUACAGCUUUGGUGGAAAUUAUCCAGAAGAGGCAUUUCAUGGAGUUGCUCCAAAAGGCCAACCUUGAACUUAAGGCUGCUGAAGAUUUAUUGUCACAGAUUCAGAAACAUUACCAGAAGCCACAGAAAGAGUUGGACAUAUUAAGAGAAGCUGCAAGCAUCCUUUCAAAACACAACCAUGAACUGCAAGCAGCCACGGAGCUUGUGAGAGUAGCAGAGGUGAAGACCCAGGAAAGUGGUCACCUGCUGCUCAUUGUCAGUGCCAACCUACGAGAAUUUAGUGAUAAAAAGUUGUUUGUCCAAGAAGAACAAAACUUGACCUCAACUCUAAUAACCAGAGGGAAAGGAUUAAUAGAUUCUGUCUCUGAACUUGCAACUGCUAUGCAAAAUACUCUGACACAAUUGGAGAGUCACCGAGAUGAGCUACUUUUGUGGACUGCUAAGCUGAGGCAUCAUGUAGAUGACCUAGUCAUGGAGAUGUCCAAAAGAAGAGUACUGAACCUUGUGUAUGGAGCUGAGGACCAUGCAGCUGAACUCCAGAAACUAGCUGGUACUUUGGAAAGUGACCUUGGAAACGUCAAGUAUGUGUCCUUGAAUGCAACCAGUGCAACCAAUGUCCAUUCCAAUAUUCGGAGAUUCAUCGAAGAAUCAGAGAAAUUGGCCGAAGAUGCUCUUAGUACUGUGACUAACACAAAACUGUUCUCAGAAUCGCUUGCUGCUGAAGGGAAAGUGGCUCUCCAGAGCAGUUCCACAUUCCUGAGAGAAGGCCACAGCCUGAGCAGGAAGCAUCAAGGAAUCACAUUGAAACUGAGAGAAUUGAAAAAUAUGGCAAACAGAUUUCAAGAAGCUGUUGAUAAAGUUACUAGGCAGACCAAUGAAUCACUCUUGAUGCUCAGAGAAAUUCCUGAAGGUGCCAGAAUCAGGAGAACUAAAAUCAAAGAGCUGGCCAUAUCUGCAAACCAGAGCGCUAAGAACACUCUCAAGGGCAUUGUGGGAUUAAGUCAGAAGCUGAUGAAUACAUCAACAGGCCUGUCUGGAGUCAAUGCCACCUUGCGAGAAGCAAGGCAGUUUCUGCAGGAUUCCUCCGUGACCACUCUAUUAGCUGGAAGAAAAGUCAAAGAUGCUGAAACACAAGCCAACCUGUUAUUUGACCGUUUGAAGCCUUUGAAGAUACUAGAAGAGAACCUGAGCAGAAAUCUCUCAGAAAUCAAAUUGUUGAUCAGCCAAGCUAGGAAACAAGCCGCUUCUAUUAAAGUUGCUGUGUCUGCAGACAAAGAUUGCAUCCGGGCCUACCAGCCUCAUAUAUCUUCUACUAACUAUAAUUCCAUAACACUGAAUGUUAAGACAAGUGAACCUGAUAACCUUCUAUUUUACCUGGGAAGCAGCACCAGUUCUGAUUUUCUGGCAGUGGAGAUGCGAAAAGGGAAGGUGGCCUUCCUCUGGGAUAUGGGCUCUGGAUCAACACGGGUAGAAUUUCCUGACGUCCAGAUAGAUGACAACAAAUGGUACAGCAUUUAUGUAACCAGAUUUGGAAAUAUUGGUUCAUUGAGUGUAAAAGAAACAAGCACAUCUCAAAAGCCACCAGCAAAAACAAGCAAAUCUCCUGGACCAGCUAAUGUUCUGGAUAUAAAUAAUUCAACAUUGCUGUUCAUUGGAGGACUUGGAGGACAGAUCAAGAAGUCUUCUGCUGUGAAGGUUACUCAUUUUAAAGGCUGCAUGGGUGAAGCCCUCUUGAAUGGACAUCCAAUUGGUCUCUGGAACUAUGUGGAAAGAGAAGGGAAGUGCCACGGCUGUUUUGGAAGUCCGCAGAAUGAAGAUUCUUCCUUCUAUUUUGAUGGAAGUGGGUAUUCUGUCGUGGAGAAGACACUUCGGACUACUGUAACUCAGAUAAUCAUGCUUUUUAAGACCUUUUCACCUAAUGGGCUUCUCCUCUACCUUGCUUCAAAUGAUACUAAAGACUUUUUGUCUGUUGAACUGGUUCACGGCAGAGUUAAAGUUACAGUUGACUUAGGCUCAGGACCUCUUGCUCUUAUUACAAACAGACGCUACAAUAAUGGAUCCUGGUUCAAAAUAGCUUUCCAGAGAAACCGAAAGCAAGGUCACCUAGCAGUUGUUGAUCCAUAUGACACCAGCUACAAAGAAACCAAGCAAGGUGAAACUCCUGGAUCAUCUUCUGACCUCAAUCGUCUCAAUAAGGAUCCGAUUUAUGUUGGUGGAUUACCUAGAACAAGAAUAUUAAGGAGGGGUGUUGUCAGCAAGAAUUAUGUGGGCUGUAUCAGAAACCUGGAAAUAUCCAGAUCAACCUUUGAUUUACUCAGAAAUUCCUAUGGAGUGAGAAAAGGCUGUAUACUGGAGCCUAUUCGAAGUAUUAGCUUCUUGAAAGGCGGCUAUGUUGAACUACCACCUAAGUCUUUGUCACCAGAAUCUCAAUUGUUGGCAACAUUUGUCACUCAGAACAGCAGUGGCAUCAUUCUGGCUGCCCUGGACAAGCAAGGGAAAAAAAAGCAGCAGGAUCAUAUGCCUUUCUUUGCCAUCAUGAUGAUUGAAGGCCACAUUGAAGUGCACGUUAAUGCUGGGGAUGGAACAAGCCUGAGAAAAGCUCUCCUGCAUUCUCCCACAGGCACUUACAGCGAUAGUCAAGAGCACUCUAUUUCUUUGAGGAGAAAUGGAAGAACUAUCACUGUCCAAUUGGAUGAAACACAUCCUGUAGAGAUGAAGAUGAGUUCAUUAGUAGAAAGCAGGACCAUAAAUGUAUCCAGCCUGUACAUAGGGGGGGUUCCAGAGGGUGAGGGGACACCCAUGCUCAAGAUGAGACAAUCAUUCCAUGGUUGUAUUAAAAACCUGAUCUUCAACAUGGAGUUGUUGGAUUUCACCAGUGCAGUUGUCUAUGAACAAGUGGAACUGGAUACUUGCUUGGUUUCAGCGAGGCCUGAAUUGGCUCUUCCUGGAGCAGACAGCCAGCUCCUGCUGGAGCCUCAGCCUUUACCAAACCUGGAACAAUGUGCAGCAGAAGCUGUCCCAGACUACGUUCCUGGUGCUCACCAGUUUGGCCUUGCACAAGAUAGCCAUUUAAUAUUGCCUUUUAAUCACUCAGCUGUCCGAAAGAGGCUGUCAGUUCAGCUUCACAUCCGAACUUUUGCCACCAGUGGUCUGAUUUACUACAUGGCUCACCAGAGCCAAGUUGACUAUGCUACACUGCAGCUACAUGAUGGGCGCCUCCACUUCAUGUUUGAUCUGGGGAAGAGCAGAACAAAGGUCUCCCACCCUGCACUGAUCAGUGAUGGCAAGUGGCACACGGUCAAAACAGAGUACUAUAAGAGAAAAGGCGUCAUGACAGUUGAUGGCCAAGAAUCUGCCACAGUGACUGCAGUGGGAGAUGGUACCACAUUGGAUGUGGAGGGGAAGUUGUAUCUUGGAGGCCUCCCCUCUGAGUAUAGGGCCAAGAACAUUGGAAAUGUCACCCAUAGCAUCCCUGCUUGUAUUGGAGAAGUGACACUGAAUAGCAAACAACUUGACAAGGACAGCCCAGUGUCUGUGUUUGCGGUGAGACGGUGCUAUGUAGCAGCCCAGGAAGGAACUUUCUUUGAGGGAAGUGGAUAUGCUGCUCUUGUGAAAGAGGGCUACAAAGUCCGAUCAGAUCUAAACAUCACACUGGAGUUCCGCACCUCCUCCCACAGUGGCGUCCUCCUGGGGAUCAGCAGUGCCAAAGUGGAUGCCAUUGGACUAGAAAUUGUUAAUGGCAAGCUCUUGUUUCAUGUUAACAAUGGUGCGGGGAGGAUAACAGCCAUCUAUGAGCCCCCAACUACCUAUGCUCUCUGCAAUGGAAAAUGGCACACGCUUCAUGCUCACAAAAGUAAACACCGCUUGACUCUGAUCGUUGAUGGAAAUGCAGUUCAUGCUGAGAGUCCACAUACCCAGUCUACCUCUGCAGACACCAACAAUCCUAUCUAUGUUGGUGGUUACCCUGCUGAUGUAAAGCAAAACUGCCUAAGCACGAGAACAGCCUUCCAUGGAUGCUUGAGGAAGCUUACACUGAUGAAGGGCCCACAGGUGCAGUCGUAUGACUUCAACAGAGCCUUUGAGCUCCAAGGAGUUUUUCCUCAUUCUUGUCCUGGGACAGAGUCCUGA